AUGUCCCUUUUACUCAAUCAUCCACAAGUUUUGAAAAAAGCCAGAGAAGAAAUAGACACUCACGUGGGGUUCAAUCGCUUGGUAGAAGAACAAGAUUUGCCAAAACUGCAAUACCUUCACUGCAUCAUUUUGGAGACUUUAAGAUUAUUCCCGUCAGUUCCCAUGCUCGUACCACACGAAUCAACGGAAGAUUGCAAAGUCGGAGGCUACAAUAUCCCAAAAGGCACCAUGUUAUUGAUCAAUGCAUGGGCAAUUCACAGAGAUCCAACUGUAUGGGACGAUCCCGUGAAUUUUAAACCCGAAAGAUUUGAAAAGAUGGAAGUGGAAACCCAUAAACUGCUGCCAUUUGGGAUGGGAAGAAGAGCGUGUCCCGGGUCGGGUUUGGCGCAACGUAUGAUCGUGUUAGCUUUGAGGUCGUUGAUUCAGUGUUUCGAGUGGGAGAGAAUAAGUGCAGAGAAAAUUGAUCUGAGUGAAGGCCAUGGAAUCACCUUGCCUAAAGCCAAGCCAUUGGAAGCCAUGUGUAGACGUCGGGAUGCUAUGGUCAAUGUUCUUCAGGAACUUGCCUCCAAUGUUUGA